AAAUGUCGUCAUACACUCUUCCACUGUUCCUCUUCGCUAUGGCACUUCUUGCCUGUGCCCCAUCAGUCAGUGCCGAAGGAGAUGAUCUUCUCGACUACGUCAAAUCGAUUGAGCCACUCACGAUCAGAAGGAGUCCAUUGGCAUGCCCACUUCCAGUUGUCGGACAAGCUUGCCCAGAAGAGAACGUUUUCUGGUACUUCAAGUGCUGCGGACAGAUUGCUGAUCAGUGUUGCUUCCGUCUUCAGGAUUGGGUUACUGUUCUUCUUCUCUUCCUUGCCGUCUGCACGAUUCUCUCGAUCAUCAUCAACUGCGUCAGAUGCUUCUGCUGCGCAUAAGUAUUUGACUUAUAAUUUUCACAUUUCUUCAUCAAAUCUUCGGGGCAACAGUUUUAUCAAAAUUUCCACUUUUCUCUUUAUAACCAAUUCACUGAAUUUCUUCCUUUUAAUAUUCUCUGAUAAUUUGCCAUACGUUGCUCAUUGAAUACUCUACUUUCCACACUUCUUUCUUUUUUGUUAUGUAAUUUUCCUUUCCUCACAGUUCACCCUUGCCUUUUUGAAUUGUAUUUUAACAGGUGUAUUUAGUGAAUUCUAUUUACAUCAUUCAGCAAUGAACGAGUACUUUAC